AGUAGAGCUUGACGGUGGGUAAUACUGGGCGAGCAGGAGCAGGAGCCGCCGCCACUCCCUCGAGCGCCCAGUCGCGGCGCUCUCUUGGCAUAGCCGAGAGGUUGAGCGAGAGGACGGAGGCGGCGUCCCGGGAGGUGGGCCAUUGCCAUCUCCCGUCUCCCAGUCAUUCCUGUUUCUCGCAGCAGCCAAGACCCGUCCGAGGAACCUCCGUGGUCCACAGCGGGAUCCCCCUGAUGGCUGAGCGAGGAGCGUAAAGCGCCCGGGCGGCUGUUCCGCCGGCGGCGGCGGCGGUGAGGAGCGAAGGCGGUGCCAUGUCAGGGUGCGGAAUGGAGGCGGAUUACCCCGCCUUUGAGAACCCGCUCUGCGGCGAGCUCAAGCACAUUUGCAAACGCCUCCGAGAGACCUACAAGGAGAUCAAGGAGGAUCUGACCCCCUACAAAGAUGAUCGCUACUACAGACUGGCCCCAAUGCGGUUGUAUACAUUGUCCAAGCGCCACUUUGUCUUGGUCUUUGUAGUCUUCUUUAUCUGUUUUGGCUUGACCCUCUUAAUUGGAAUUGCAGGUCCCAAUGUCAUUGAUUCCAUUUCACAAACAACUUGGAAUAAUAAUUCCAAGAUAAAGCUGUUUAACAUAAGUUCACAACCAUUAUCUACUUACAAUCAACAGUUAUGGCUGAUGUGUAGAAUACAAUUGGGCCCACCUUAUGAUGAGAAAUGGAAGAACUUGAAAGUAAACUUCAAUAUGCUUGUUACAAUACGUGGUGUAAUAGACAAUGCGAGUGUAAAUUAUUUCAACAAGGAAAAACACAAUCGGACAAGGACACUCAGCUGUGCAGAGCAAUGUGCUGACAUUAUUGUGGUUCAUCUUGGUUUCCUGAACUACACUCGUUAUGAUGUCUCAGUCAGCUUUGAGAACCUCCCUCCCUUCUACAAUAUCAAGAGUUAUACAUUUACGUGGAAAACCUACAAUCCAUCUUUCUCACAAGUGGAAAUCUGGUUCCGAUUUGUCUUUGUAGUUCUCACCUUCAUAGUCACAUGUCUCUUCGCACACUCUCUGCGCAAGUUCUCCAUGCGGGAUUGGGGGAUUGAGCAGAAGUGGAUGUCCAUCCUCCUCCCACUGCUGUUGCUGUAUAAUGAUCCAUUUUUCCCCCUCUCAUUCCUCAUCAACAGUUGGUUUCCUGGGAUGUUGGAUGACCUCUUCCAGUCUUUGUUCCUCUGUGCGUUGCUUCUCUUCUGGCUCUGCGUCUACCAUGGGAUCAGAGUCCAGGGAGAAAGGAAGUUUUUAACGUUCUAUUUUCCUAAACUCUUCAUUGUUGGUCUUCUGUGGCUGGCUUCUGUUACAUUAGGAAUAUGGCAGACUGCCAAUGAAUUACGUGACCCAACGUACCAGUAUGGAAUUGACACAAAUAGCUUUCAGGGGAUGAAAAUAUUCUUUCUUGUGGUGGCAUCUGUGUACAGUUUGUACCUUUUGUUCCUGAUCAUCCGAGCAUGCUCAGAACUUCGUAACAUGCCCUACAUUGAUCUCAGACUGAAAUUCUUGACAGCAUUGACAUUUGUUGUGCUUGUCAUUAGCAUUGCUAUACUUUACUUGCGUUUUGGAGCACAGGUUCUGCAGGACAACUUUGUAGCUGAACUGUCAACGCACUAUCAUAAUUCUGCAGAAUUCUUAUCAUUCUAUGGUUUAUUGAACUUCUACCUAUACACAUUAGCCUUUGUGUAUUCUCCAUCGAAGAAUGCCCUCUAUGAAUCUCAGCUGAAAGACAACCCUGCCUUCUCUAUGCUGAACGACUCAGAUGAUGAUGUGAUAUAUGGGAGCGACUAUGAAGAAAUGCCCCUUCAGAAUGGCCAAGCUAUCAGAGCCAAAUACAAAGAAGAAUCGGACAGCGAUUAAAGUUUGCAUAGAAAUGACUUGCUUUAUGAUAACAAGAAGCAAUGUUUCCCUCAAUGUUUUUGUCAUGUCUACUGUCAGUACAGCCUUCUGUGAAAAGACUGUUUUUUCCUUUUCUGUUUACAAACCCAGAACUGAAGAGUUGAGGAAGGGAGGACUUGGAUACAACAUAAAAACAAAAGCAAAAUAUAUAUCUCUUUCUCUCUCAUUUUAAAGGACAAAAGACCAACAACUAAUUGUAUAAAACACUUGUGAUAGGAUGCCACCAGGUCAGAAUACUGAAUCAAAGAUUUACAUGGAGGGAGAUAUUCGGGAACUUAUAAUUUAGUUGCAAAUUUUUUCAGGUGGGGAAGUGUGUCAUAUUUCCAACAUCUUUAAGUACCAAACCUACAUUGAGGUUUAAGACUAUUUGGCACUUUUUCCACUAGGAAACCUCAGUUUUUAGUUUUUUCAAGGAUGGAAAGAAGAUAUUUUGUAUUGAACUACAACUGCUACCUAUGACUUGAAUUCAUGAAAUGAAGGAGUUCUGUUUUUUCAGUUAUGUGCUUUUGUGAAUAAUGCACAGUCAUUCAGGUUUUUCUGAGAUCCAUGUAGUUUUAUAUAAUUGUAUAAAUAGGCACAAUUAGAAUUGUUCCAAGGCUGCUUUUUUAUAUUUCAGCAACAUUCAAAAAUUUAGCAUUUGAAUCGGUCACAGAUAUUAGUACCUUAGCAUCUUCUGCACAUCUAAAUGAGCAGAUGAUAUUUUUUAAUUACUGUAUAGGGAACAAUCUAUAACUUAAAACGCACUUCUCCCUAGAUCAUCUUUAUGAGUAAGGAUAUAUUAAAUAGCUUAACAGCUUAGAGUGUACUGGAUGAGUUUUUAGGUGCACCGUUGGCUAUAUUUAGGUAAGACAUUCUAUUUAUUUAAUUGGGGGAGAUCCAAAAAAAUGGUGGUUGAUCCAUUUUGUUGGACUAACUCUGGGCUGGCAGAGAACUAUAAAGCUUUAAGAUUGUACAGAAGCACUCCGAUUGGAGUGAUCUGGAAAAAUUAUUGGAAAACAGCAAUGUAAUGUGAUCUUACAGAGGCUACUUGAAUAGUUUUUAUUUCAUAGCUGCCUCAUGUGCUGAUAACAUGGGAUGCAUUGUCUCAUUGCAUGAAUGUAGUGCUAGCAAAUUGCUCUCUGCAUGUGAUAGCAAUGCAGUCAUGAAUCCUCUUUGUGGUGACUGGACCUGCCCACAGUUGGUUCAAUAAAGUUUUAAUCAAAGCCGUUUUGGAUCUGUUUCGGAGAGAAACAUCUUUAAGUAAUUCUUCAGACAUACUUAAAAUGUCUGCUUCUGUAUACUUUGUGUGGUUUUGUUUCUUACCCAUGCUGGAAGAGUACACAACGAAACCUAAGAAAAGAAUACCAAAAUGAUAUUUCCAGGCAUAAUUUAUUGUGACUGUCUCUUUAUUCACCCACUCUGCUAGCUUUGGUUUUAAAUGGAUUCUAUGAAUUGGUAUCACAAAAAACUAAUUGUAAUGGAUAUCAACCUAUCUAAGAGAAUUUCUCUGCAGGUUUCAUGUGCUUUUAGAAUACCUUGCUCAUAUUCAUAAAGAAUCCUGGUAGGUUCCUGUUGCACUGACAUCACAGGCUAUUGUGUUGUCAUUGUUAAUGUGCUGUCAAAUCACCUCCAAUUUAUGGUGACCAUAUGAAUGAAUGACCUUCAAAAUUCGAUGUGAAAUUGAUCAGCAACUUGAGAUUCAUGAGUUCUGUUUAAAUAAGACCUCUGGUCUCUGUAACUUGGGGUCUCUUAGGGCCUUUUGCAAACCUUGUCCUAACAUAACUUCAGGCAGCAAAAAUGGGUCAUUCUAGUUCAAGACACAGGCUGUGCUAGAAAGAACCUUUUGUCACCAACCCCCUCUUGGCGCUGACUGUUCAGUGUAUUCAAGGAGGUUUGUGCAGUUAUGUGCCACGAAGUUGCUUCCAAUUUAUGACGACCUUAUGAAUUAGUGACAUCCAAAAGGUCCUAUCUAGAGAUGGGCAUGCACCCCUAACAGCCCUGUUCAGAUUUAAAUACUCAAGGCUGUGGCAUCUUUUAUUGAGUCACUCCAUUUCAAUUUUAGUUUUUCUUUUUUCCUGUGGCCUUCAACGUCUUCCAGCACUACUGUUUUUUACAGUGAGUCUUGUCUUUUCAUUAUGUGCCCAACAUCUUACAGCCUCAGUGUAGUAUUUUUCCCUCAAGGAGGUUUUACCAUGCACAUAAAAGUGCUUUGGAUCACACUUAUGGAGAAAUGUGGAAUAAAUAUCACAAGGCUACUGAUAUAUGAAGAAGAUUAGUUCAUUUAUUUUUGCAGUCAAUGCCCAGAAUCCUGUUAUUUAUUUCUAUUUGCAUAGUUCCAACAGUGAAAACCUCAGGAGGAAAACUGCUGCCUAUUAGGAAGUUGGGCCUUGUUUUCUUGUCAUACAACUAUUGCAUGAUCUGGCAGAAAAGAAAAACAAGCACCGACUUCUUAACUGGUGGCAACUUGCUGCCCAUAUUUACACUGUUGAAGUUACAUCAGCAUAAAUAUGUCACAGAAUUACAUCCACUGUCUGUGAUUAAACUAAAGUUAGGAUAAGGUACACUGUAUUUCACAUAGCAAACGUUCAAUAUAUAUUAUAGUAAGGUCCAUUGAGUUUAAAAUCUCACUGUCACCAAAAGUCAUACAUCUAGUAAACCAUUUCAGAUGUUUUCUUCUGUGGCCUUAGCAUUUUAGAGUGCUAAGAUGCCACAGUGCUGUUUUUUUUUACAAUAAAUUAAAAUCAGAACCUGGAGUGUGUUCAAAAUAUGAAACAGACUGAAAAACGAGAAAUGUAUUUUUCCUAACCUAACUCCUAGUAAUGUGUAAAAAAACCUGUGCUACUCAUCUUUUGAUGUUUGUAUUCUUUUUCCUACAUUUUAAAGUGUCUAAUUUGCUUAAUAUAAAUCUAGUUUUUACACAGUGAUUUUAGUUUUUAUAUUGUUGAAGGGAAAUGAAUGAAUUCUUGGUGUUUUUUUUAAAUUAAAUGUCUCUAUAGUUCAUUUAGUUCAGUUUCAGGAAUUUGCAAAGUGAGGAGGUUACCUUUUAAACAGUAAUUAAGUUUCACUGAUUUCAGUUGGAGAAUAAAGAUAGUUUUAUCCCAUUAAGUGAGGGAAAGUUAGAAGUGCUUAACUCUAGCUGUGUUCUACUACUAAAUGUUGUAGGGUUUUGCAAACUGCCAAAAAAAUCUCUUUUAAUGUUUAACUUACAAAAUUUAAACUUACAAAGUAAGUAAAUGUUAAGAUGCAUUUUUGGAUUAUUGUCUUUAAACUGUUUGCCUGCCAAAGCUAAAAUGGUGCCUGACUGAGUUAGGCACUUUUUAAAAACAAGGUUCUUCACUAUAGAGAUGAAGCAGCUGCUUUAAAAAAACAUCUUCAGCAGGAGGCUGACUUUGUUUUUGUGCUGUUGAAGAGAUUUAAUCUCACCAUGCAACUUUGAAUGCUCAGAGGGAAUGGGGACUAUUUCUGUGUUGCUGAUGAAGAACAACAAGAGGUAGUGGAGGGAUCAAGUCAGAAUGUGGUUGUUUUCUACUAACCAGUCUGGAGACAAUAUUAUUUUUAGAUUUACUAUGCUCCAAUGCUGGAAGCAUUCAAGAAAAAAAUCAGACAACCAUACGUCAGAUAUAUUUUGAUUUGGUUUCCUGCAUUGAGCAGGGAGUUGGAUUCCUUGUAGGCCCUUUCCAAUUCCCUUCGUUUAUGGUUCUAUGAUUAAAUCUUUAUAUUGAUGUGAUAUUACAGUUGAGAAAGAUGCAUUGCAUUCCUAGAUAACAAGGAGUUAUCUAAAAAGGAGAUCCUCUAGCCUGGCUGUAUGCUUUCCCAACAGGCAGCUAGGAUAGGGUUUCCAGACGUCUGGCAAAAGGAGGACAUGUCCUCCUUUUUAGCCUAAUGUCCUCCGUCUGGCAGGCAAGCUAAAAAACUUUAAAAUGUCUAGCUUUUGUAUAUGUUAUUUUGGAUGGGAGAUGGAGAGUUGGAUGGACCCCCCUCCCCCUGUCUUUCCACACCCCCACCCACCCACUGUUACCUGCCGCUGGUGCCGGAGCUCAGCCAUCGCCCCCUCCCGCUGCCACUGUGGCUGGUGGGCAAUCUGCCAUGCCCGCAUGGAGCUCAGAAAGGCAGCAUGAGCAGAGUGCCGCCUGCCGAAACAGGCAGGAGCAAACAGCACCCGAGCGCAUCGAUGGGAAGGUAAGCAAAAGCCCAGACUGUGUUUGUUCAAAGUCCCUUUUGGACUCUCCAACUCCCACACUCCCCAGCCUGGAACUUAUGACCCUCAGGAGAGGGGAGG